GACGUCGCUGAGGAAACAAAUCUUGGUUCAGUCGUGUCGUGUGGGUAAUAUCUGUCAAAAGAACAUCACAAAGAUGCUUCGAAGAACAAGAACAGCAAAGAUGUAUAAAGAGCCAACAACGGAUGAUGAAUCCGAUGACAUGCAAUCAAAAAGAUGACCGUGCAGAGCCAGAGGAAUGGUUACCAAAUUUGAAUCAAGACAAAACGAAAGGAAGACGCCAGAAGGGAAAAGAUGCGAUGGCUGAAAAGAAACCAGUCACCAAGAGGGUGGCCAAACCUAAAGAGCCAAAACCUAAAGCUGAGAGGAAGCCAAGAGCUGUACGGGUUCCUAAAGGGAAGAAGCAGCCUAAUACAGAGCAACAAAUUGAGGUUGCAAGUAUAAUGAACCCUGACUCACAGCAGCAUGUGACAGUUAAAGAGGAGAGGUUAUCCAUCAACUUGAGCAGAGAGUUCAGUAAUAACGCAGCUAUCCUAGGAGAUAUGCCAGAUGAAGGUCCAUCAUCCAGCCAACAUCUUUCCAAAGUAAAAAAAGAGGAGCCAGAGAACAGCUUCACAUUCGAGGAACCUGCUAAGAAGAAGCAGAGGACCACAAAUGCCCCUCAGGGAAGGCCGAUUAAAUUAAAAUCGGGAAAUCCCUGUGUGGAGGAAAUGCAGAUGAAUUGGAAUCCCAUUCAGGUUCUUGCUGUGAAGACGGGUGUGGAGCAGUGGGUAUGUGAGAACAUUGCACAGCUCUUUCAGGAGGAGAACACUAUUCCCUUCAUUGUGCGCUAUAGAAAGGAGAUGAUCAACCAUAUGGAUGCAGAUGCUGUUCGAGAUGUGCAGCUCACUCUGGAAGAGCUACGGUCAGUGGCAAAGAAGAGCAGGUCUGUUGCUCAAACGCUAAAGAAGGAGGGAGUUCUUACUUUAGAGCUGGAAAUGGCUCUGAAGAACUGCACAUCAGCUGAUGAAAUAGACCAUGUGUAUGCACCUUAUAAAAAGGGCAGUAAGUUGUCCAAGGCCCGGCGUGCUAAGGAGCUAGGGCUGGAACCUGUUGUACAGGCUCUGCUUCAGGCCCCACAGUCACUGGACCUGCAGUCCAGAAUCCAGCCCAACACAAAGGGGUUGUCGACCCUGGAAGAGGUGGCCACAGGUGUGCAGGAGAUUCUGGCAGAUAUGAUUGCUAAGGACAAAGAGACUCUCACCUAUGUCCAAGCACAGUGUGACAGGGCUGCAGUGACCAUUCACUCGUCAGUGUCUAAAACAGCCCUUAAAGAACAGCAACAGGAGCAAGGCAAUCAGAAGAGUAAACCAAAGGACAUUGCCAAGUUCAGCCUGUACACUGACUUCACCUGUGACAUCCAGCGUAUUCAGCACCAUCAGACGUUAGCCAUUAACCGUGGGGAGAAUCUGAAGAUUCUGACAGUGAAGGUCAACAUCCCCGACUGGGUGAAGAAUGACUUCUGUAGGUGGUGCGUCAACGUCAGGUGGAGGCCACAAGGAUUUGCACGGCCAGAACUGAUGACGAUUUUGAAGAAUGCUACUGAGGAAUCCUAUAAGAGAUUCAUUCUACCCUUUCUCAGCCGAGGCUAUAGGACUAAGUUAACUGCUAGUGCAGAAAAAGAGUCUGUAGCCAUGUUUGUUCGUAAUCUUCGUCAGCGGCUUCUGAUGUGUCCUGUGCGUGGGAGGGUCAUCAUGGGAGUGGACCCAGGAUUUCACCACGGCUGCAAACUGGCCAUCCUUUCCCCAACCAGUCAGAUACUACACACAGAUGUGGUGUACCUGCAUAGCUCUGCAAAAUAUAAAGAGGCCGACAGACUGCGUCACCUUCUGCUUAAACAUGGUUGUCAGACCAUUGUCAUAGGAAAUGGCAAAGCAUGUAGAGAGACCGAAGCCUUCUUUACAGACCUAAUUAAACAGUGCUUCUUCCACCCACUGGAUGUGUCCUACUGUAUAACAGAUGAAGCAGGAGCGUCCAUCUACAGCGUGAGUCCUGAGGCUGUAAAAGAGAUGCCUGACAUGGAUCCUAACUUAAGGAGUGCAGUGUCCAUAGGGAGGCGUGUUCAGGACCCUUUAGCAGAGCUAAUUAAGAUUGACCCCAAACAUAUUGGCAUCGGCACAUACCAGCACGAUGUGUCACAGAGUUUGCUGAGGGCAGCGCUGGAUGGGGUGGUGCAGGAGUGUGUGAGCUUCGUGGGAGUGGACAUCAACAUCUGUUCAGAGACGCUGAUGAGGCAUGUUGCAGGUCUGAAUGCAGGGCGAGCACGCAGUAUAAUGGAGUGGAGAGAAAAGAAUGGACCUUUUUUCAACAGAGAGCAGCUGAAACUGGUCAAAGGCCUCGGUCCCAAGAGCUUUCAGCAGUGUGCUGGCUUCAUAAGGGUCAAUCCAGAGACUGUACGAAGUUACGGCUGUGGAGGAAACCAAGACCUUGAAGUUCCUCCGAAACAGACAGUUGAGAAAAAAAAAGUCAAGGCCUCUGUUAGCAUCCCUAACCAGUUUAACCCACUGGACCAGACCUGCAUCCACCCUGAAUCGUACAGUAUCACCCUGAGGUUCUUGUCUCAAAUAGAAAGCAGUUUGGAUCAGAUGGGCAGUGUUGUGCUGAGGCAGAGGGUUGAAAGCAGUGUUAAGAGCAGUAGUCUGGAUGUUUUGGCCAAAUCUCUGGACACCACACCUGAGACUCUACAACUCAUUGUGGACGGACUCACUCAGCCACCUGGCUUUGACAUUCGUCAGGAUUUUGAGCAGGCCGACUUCAAGCGAGAAAUUGUUUCCAUGAGUGACCUGCGUGAGGACAUGGUUCUAACAGGGCGUGUAACAAACACUGCUUUAUUUGGAGCCUUUGUGGACAUUGGAGUUGGGCGUUCUGGUCUUAUCCCAAAGCGUUACAUCACUCCCGAUAAACUUCCUGUUGACCAGAGGCGACGAAGCCUAGCUCUUGGUCCAGGUGAACGUGUAGAGGUGCGUGUUCUAAAUGUGGAUCUUCAACGGAAUCGGAUCAGUCUCGACCUCAUAAGGGUUCUCCAUUAGUUAUUUAAAUAGCAAAAGCAUACUGAAUAUGGACUAAUAGACAAUGGACCAUUUGUCAUAUCUGCUUUUAUGUUAUGACUAUUUAAUAUUUUGUUUAAGGAAUUUUUUGUGUUCAGUAUAAGUUAAGCUCAAUAGACAGCAUUUGUGGCAUAAUUUAUUUUGACUUGCUCCUUGUUUUCUUUAAAAAAAAAAGCAAAAAUCUGGGUUCCAGUGAGGCACGUACAAUGGAAGUGAACGGGGGCCAAUUUUUGAAUGUAAAAUACUCACUGUUUCAAAAGUAUAGACACAAGACAUAAACAAUAUGCAUGUUAACAUGAUUUUAGUGUGAUAAAAUCACUUACUAACCUCUUCUGUGUAAAGUUAAAGCCAAUUUUACAACUUCACUAUACCAUGAUGAUGUAAUGUCAACAAACCCUAAAACGACUGUAAAAUGUAAUGAACCUUUUCCAUUUAUUUCUCUGUACCCAGGUCUCAAAUAGACAACUUUAACAAUUUAAACAACUUUACAGCUCAAAUAAUACAUGAGUUUUAACAGUAAGUGCUUUUAUAAAAUUAUAAGCUUCACAUUUCUGCUUUUAAACCCUCCAAAAAUUGUAUGUAACUGCCUUACUGUAACCUCGAUUUUUGCUUUUUUGAAAGAAAUGGACAGAUGAGUCGAAAUUAGUGGUAAUCAAUAUUAUGCCACAAAUGCUUAUGACUGAGAUUAACUUAUAUUGAAUAUGGAAUAUUCUUUUAAGUAUUUGAUUAUGACAAUUGAAGAUUUUGCCAUAAAGCUUCCAUGCUGAAAAGAUGCAAUUACUCAAAUUUCUAAUGUUAGAAAUGUUUUUUGGACUUUAGUCAAAUUUCUCACGUAUAAAGCCGUAAAUAAUAUUAUUGGUUUUGUAUUGAAUAUGUAUUAUGUUUUUCAUGUCUGAUGACUCCCUUAUUUAACCUCAUACAUUCUGUUCUUUUUAAGAUGCUGUUCUUUUAUUUAGUUUCACCUUUAACCUGCUGUAACUUUAGUUUUCAAAACAUUCAAUAAAGUAAUGUUGUGAUUUGUGAAAGAUGACAGGAUUUUAAUUGAAAUAAAAGUAUUGAUGUGUUUUAAGGUUUAGUUACAGAGUUCUAAAUGUACAGGGUUCUUACGUUGCUGGAAAACCUUUGAGAAUCUAGGAGUUUCUUUGGGGGGGGGGGGGUGAUUUCCAGUACUGAAAAAAUAUUACAAAUGAAAAAAAUCUGGAAAUUUCUAUAGUGAAUAUACAAUUGUUAUGCUUAAAUAUUUUGCCAAGAAGAAAUCGCUCUUUGACAGUGCAGUCUCCAUAAAAAUAUUUACAAAAUCAGUCAUCAUGGUAGUAAAAGUAAUGGAAAUUCAACAGUCAAGUAUGGGAGUUCUGUAUGCAGAGAAAAUAAUUUGAAUUGAAAUGGGAAGGGGAGAUGGUGGUCUCUAUGGUUUCUAUAUUUUUUAUCAUGAUGACGCUUGAAGUUAAAUUAACCACAGAACUCUGGUGGGAAGAAAACUGAAUGCUAUUUAUAGACUGUUUUGUGUAGUUAAAAUUAUUAUUAACCUUCUGUUUUUGUCAUGAAGACAUUGCUCUUUUGAUAUUUCUUUCUCUAUUACUGUAGUUUCAAAUCUUCUAGUACAUCAUAAUUUUGAUGCCUGAGGAGGCUCAUGAUUUGACACAAUUAUACCAAUUGGAUGCUGUUGCUAUAGAACCAUCAGGAUGCAGCAACAGUCACAGAUGUUACCCCACAAAUCUCAAGCCUGUUUGAUUGACAGCCACUUAUCAGCCAGAGAGGAGGGGGGUUGUAAAAGCAGCUGCCACAUUGCAAUAUGACUAGAGGCCAUGGGGAAAAACUAAACCUAAUUAUCCUAGGCUAGCCACGUGCUAAUGAGCUACUUCAAAAUGAAUCCCAUACUCCCUCGUCUCUAUUAUCUAAUCUGUUUGUUUAUAUGACACAAAUAAAGAAAUGGAAAAAUAAGAAACCUGAUGUGCCCUGAGCGCUUAACACAAACCACAGGGAGAGAAUUCCAAAUGAGUGUACGAUAUUUGCAUUUGGGAUGUUGCUUUGUAUUACAGAAGUCUCAUCAGAACUAAGUUUCAGUGAAGGGAUAUGGCUUUGGUGUAUGUUCAAUUGAAUUGUGUUGGAUGAGUAUUGGAUUGUGCAUUGUUUUUAUUAAACCGUUCUGAUGUAAUAAAUCCGUAA